GCAAAAGAUGUUUGUGUUUGUGUUUGUUGUGGCCCUUCUUGCUGCAGCGACAGUGGCAGUGUCAGUCUCGUCAUCAUCCUCAUCGUCGUUUGUGGUGGAUGUGUGCGUGGGCUGUGAACAGCAGCGAGGGUUUGGUGGGUUUGGCACAUCCUUGUGCUGGUGGGCAAACGGCGUGGGACGAUGGACAAACACGACGGCGUUCGAGGACGUCAUGCAGCUCCUCUUCUCUGACACGCGUGGCCUGGGACUCUCCACCGUCAGAUACAACAUUGGAGGGGGUGAGAAUCCACAGAAUGCACACUUCUUGCGGCCGGGUGCGCUUGUGCGCGGCUAUCAGGGCGCAGAUGGUACCUUUGAUUGGGGUGCAGACUAUCCGCAACGCCGCGUUCUCUAUGCCGCCCUCAACGGUAGCGUCCGUCAGGUGCAGGCGUUCAGCAACUCUCCUCCGUACUGGAUGACAAAGUCCGGGAGCGCAACGGGCGCUGUGGGCGGCAGCAACAACCUUCGCGAUGACAUGUACGGCGCAUUUGCAGCAUAUCUGGCCAACGUAACUGUUGCCCUCGCACACGGCCCGCCAGACCAAGCCCCUCGCUGUCAACAGCAGCCACCGUGGCAGCCGCUUGGGGACGCGCUUGUAUCUGUGACGCCGCUCAACGAGCCCGUGUCAUCGUGGUGGAAGUAUGGCAACGAUCAGGAAGGGUGCCACUUUGAUCGCGACAAGCAGGCAGCCGUCAUCGCAGCGCUGAGCAGUCAGCUCCGCGCCACAGCGCCAGCACCCAGCGCUGCUGGCGGGCGCGGUGUGGGCGUGUCUGGACCGGAGGAAAACUCCAUCGACGACGCGCUGCUGUCCUUGCAGUCCUACCCUGCGGAGACGCUGGCCGGCAUGGACCUGCUGACCACGCACACGUACAACGGCAUUCGGCGCGAAGCGCUGGCAGCGUUUGCGCAGAAACACGGGAAACAGCUCUGGAACUCCGAGUAUGGCACGGGAUCAGGGCCGUUGCAGGGAGGACUGGAGCUUGCGUCACGCAUCAUCACGGACUUGCAUCAGCUGAAUGCUAGCGUGUGGACGUUGUGGCAGACCGUGGACCUAGACAACAGCCUGUCGCCGGAUGGAUGGGGCCUUCUCGCCGCUACCGUGCACGAGGAGAACCUCUAUCAGAUCGUCGCUAAUCGCAGCCAUGAUGGCGACGAUGGUGCUGAUGGUGCGGGUGCAUCGUGCUGUGUUGAAGUGGAGGGUGUUGCAGAUGGCUCCAACAUUACCUGCUCUCCCUGCGACGUCAACAACCCCAAUCAGGUGUUCUCGGUGGUUGAUGGGCAGGUGCGCGCACACAACAGCUCUGGCCCUUGCAUGGAUGACUGGGGUCAGGGCAUGCGUGCUGGUGACAGCGUGCGCGUGUACUCGUGCUGGGGAAGCGCAAACCAGCAGUGGGUGGUGGACGCAGCAACACGCCGUAUCCGCCUCAACAGCACGGGCCUCUGCAUUGACAUGCGACCCACAACAGCAACUGCUGCAGAUGCUACAGAUGCCAUUGCUUCUGCCACGACGACAUCAAGGCCAUCUGGCACGCGACCACAGCCAGCAACGUCAUCAGGUGUGCCGUCGGCCACGCAACAACAACAACAACUGCAAGCAACCCUCGUGGCCUGUGAUGCUGAUGCGCACACUUCAGUGGCAGACACACCCACCACAGCUGCACCAACGACAGCCACGUCCGCACCCUCGUCGUCGUCGCCAUCGUCAAUUUUGUCUGCGACGCGUGUCUCCUCCCCGCGUUACACCUUCGCUUUGCGGUCAGUGCUGGACACCCCUGGUUAUGAGCCACGGGACCGCGUGCGUGAGGCGUACCGCGUGCGAAAGCAGUACUACGCCUACAAGCAGUUCACGCGCGCCAUUCCGCGCAACAGCACCUUGCUCCGCACCAACACGACCGCCAGUCGUGGCGACGGCGUUGUGCGCAGUGUUGCUGCGCGGUGGCCAAAUGGGACUAUCGCCGUCGUGCUCGUCAACACCGGCAAGGUGAACCAGACGGGCUCAGUCGUGUUGUCUGGCGGCAGCUGUUCCACCGCCUAUGCCACUCUCACGGACGCCACGCACUCGUUCCAGCCCUGGCCAGUCUCCCUCACACACCACAGCACACCCACCAACAACCACCACAACAACAACCACAACAACCACAACACACCCUCUCACAACACCACAGCGCGUGUUGCUCUUCCGCCACAAGCCAUCUUGUCCGUCUUCCUUUGCGGUGGCGGAGUUACGAACAUUUGUAAAUGA